AUGCUGGAGCUGCUGAGGGGCCUCUUCACUUCACUGGGGGCAGAGUUUAAUGCUCAGGUGUUUGUGGGGGGGGUCAGGUACUCCAGCUGCAGCAGGAGGAGGGGGCGGCUGCUCAGUUUCCUCGUCGGUCAGGCCAAGAUGGCCGUCUAUGUGAGCAGGAGGAGGAUGGUCCAGGACCAGAGUGAGAUCAGUCCCAGGGCUCUGCUGGUCCGGAUGGUCCAGGCCAGACUCAGGCUGGAGUUCGGUCUCUACAGGAUAAAUGGGGAUCAGGAGGGGUUUGAGGAGCGCUGGGGGUUUAGGGAGCUGUGCUCUGUGAGGGAGGUGUGCUCUGUGAGGGAGGUGUGCUCUGUGAGGGAGGUGUCCUCUGUGAGGGAGGUGUGCUCUGUGAGGGAGGUGUGCUCUGUGAGGGAGGUGUGCUCUGUGAGGGAGGUGUGCUCUGUGAGGGAGGUGUGCUCUGUGAGGGAGGUGUGCUCUGUGAGGGAGGUGUCCUCUGUGAGGGAGGUGUGCUCUGUGAGGGAGGUGUGCUCUGUGAGGGAGGUGUGCUCUGUGAGGGAGGUGUGCUCUGUGAGGGAGGUGUGCUCUGUGAGGGAGGUGUGCUCUGUGAGGGAGCUGUGCUCUGUGAGGGAGGUGUGCUCUGUGAGGGAGGUGUGCUCUGUGAGGGAGCUGUCCUCUGUGAGGGAGGUGUGCUCUGUGAGGGAGCUGUCCUCUGUGAGGGAGGUGUGCUCUGUGAGGGAGGUGUGCUCUGUGAGGGAGGUGAACAGGGCUGUGGGGGAGGGCUGUCCCUUCUGUGGGGAGAGGGAGACAGUGUUCCACUGCUUCUGGGAGUGUGGGAGGCUCAGGCACAUGCUGGAGCUGCUGAGGGGCCUCUUCACUUCACUGGGGGCAGAGUUUAAUGCUCAGGUGUUUGUGGGGGGGGUCAGGUACUCCAGCCGCAGCAGGAGGAGGGGGCAGCUGCUCAGUUUUCUGGUGGGUCAGGCCAAGAUGGCCGUCUAUGUGAGCAGGAGGAGGAUGGUCCAGGACCAGAGUGAGAUCAGUCCCAGGGCUCUGCUGGUCCGGAUGGUCCAGGCCAGACUCAGGCUGGAGUUCGGUCUCUACAGGAUAAAUGGGGAUCAGGAGGGGUUUGAGGAGCGCUGGGGGUUUAGGGAGCUGUCCUCUGUGAGGGAGGUGUGCUCUGUGAGGGAGCUGUCCUCUGUGAGGGAGGUGUGCUCUGUGAGGGAGGUGUGCUCUGUGAGGGAGGUGUGCUCUGUGAGGGAGGUGUGCUCUGUGAGGGAGGGGGAGCUGGUUUUUUCUGCCUUUUUAUCGUUGUAA